AUGUCUUCACCUUUAAACUUAUCAAAGGAUACCAAUACUGCCAAAGCUUUAGAUUCCUUACUAUAUCAUUGCCAGAAUGACAAAGCUUUAGAAAAUGAUAAAUUUAUAAAUUUAAAUAUUAAUACAUUUAAAAUAAUUCGUCAUAGAAGUAAUAACAUAAAGUUUGAAUAUAAUAACAUACCAAGAAUUAUCCCUUUGACUUCCUGCAAGUUACAAGACUACAAAGAAUUAGAGAUAUUAUUAAUAUUAAACGAUCCAAUCGCUACAAAUAAGAAUUUAAUUUUAUCUGACAACUCAACUUCCGAUAUUUUUAAAGAUAUCGUUAGUUUAAAACGGUUUAGAAGAUAUGUUAGUGGUUCACAUAAAUAUUUGAAAAAUUACGAUAUCAUUAUGACAGAUUAUAGAUUACAUCAUACAGUCGUAGACAUAUUAAAAAAAUCCAGUAGAAAAAGCUCAAGCUCAAUUUUACCAUAUUUAAUUAGACUUUCAAAAAAUGCUAAGUCGGAAAGUCUUAAAGUGAAUGAAACAGUUGAUUUAAAAUAUUUAAAAGCACAAGUUAAAAAUAUUUGCAAGAAUACCUCAUUUGUCACAAAUUCCCAUAAUUGUUUAAGUAUUAAAAUUGGUGUAAUUCAUAGUACAUCAAGAGAAGAAAUAUUAUCUAAUAUUGAUGAUAUUGUCAAAUUUUUAAGUGUAAAACCAAAAAAAGCUAGAGGCACAAACCAAACGAUAAAUCCAAAUGCUGGUAUUAUUCCUCUCACUAAUAUAAACUCCAUUUGCUUGAAGACAGCAAAUAGUAUUAGUUUACCGAUUUAUAAGAAUUUAAAAACACCAGAAACUGAGAAAGAAGAUUUUUCAGAUAUUAAAUUGUAA